UGAGGCCAUCAGGCUGUCAGCGCUCAUGUGACCCACACGGGGCGUGGCUUUAGCGUCCACAGUGAUUGACGUGGGUUCCGCGAACCAGGAAGCCAGCAGUGACAUCACUUUCCAGAAUUCCCCCUCCAGUAGCGUCUCAUCGAGGAGAGCCAGAGCGACUCAGGAGAGCGAAACCGGAGAAAUAAAGAGAGGAGAGUGCCUCUGCCAGCCGUCCGCACGUGUCUCAGUCCGAUUCAACCGCCAACACGUUAAAGAAUGUCUUUGUAUCCAUCUCUUGAGGACCUGAAGGUCGACAAGGUCAUCAGGGCCCAGGCCCAGUUUGGUCAGACUACAACCCCAAUGCCGGCCAUCUCUGACGGAACCAACCAGCCUCAGCUUGCUACUACUGGGAUGCCAGGAUCAAGCUUGUACCCAAAUCUGGAGGAACUGGGUGACUACAUGGGCCUUGCUCUCAACAGUGAUGAAGUACAGAGGAACCUGGCCCUCAUGCCUGUGGCUGACAAUCAAAUGGCUGUGCCCUCCAGCUCAGGUGCUGGGGACGCGAUGUGGCCUGUGACUGGGUCAGACCUUGGCAUAAAGAGGUCAAUGAUCCGCCUUGGGCUGCGGGAGAUUAUACUGUGUAAGGACCAGGAUAAGAAGGUGGGACUUCGGCUCCGCUCCAUCGACAACGGAGUGUUUAUCCAGCUGGUGCAGGCUAAUUCCCCUGCAGCCCUGGCUGGUCUGCGUUUUGGGGACCAGGUCCUUCAGAUCAACGGAAAGAACUGUGCUGGCUGGAGUGCAGACAAGGCCCACAAGGCCCUGAAGGCUGCAUCUGAGACACGCAUGGAGCUUGUGGUCAGGGACAGGCCAUACCAGCGCACUAUCACCAUGCAAAAAGACAGCUCAGGUCAUGUGGGCUUCAUUUACAAAUCUGGUAAAAUCACCUCACUGGUCAAGGAUGGCUCUGCAGCCCGCAAUGGUCUGCUUACUGGGCAUUUCAUCUGUGAAAUCAAUGGACAGAAUGUUAUUGGACUCAAGGAUUCUCAGAUCAAGGACAUUCUGACCACCUCUCCGACCACCAUGACCAUCACCAUCAUGCCCUCGUUCAUCUAUGAACACAUGAUUAAAAGGAUGUCCACUAGUCUCCUGCAGUCAUCCAUGGAUCACUCUGUCCCAGAGGUGUGAAGACCAGGACAACUGUAAACUGUCAGGAUGUCUACUAUACAGAUCUCUCUCUCUAUCUCUCUCUCUCUCUCUUUUUUUUUUUUAAAUUCACAUCUACCCGUUGCUCUCUGUCUUCAUACCAAAAUGAGCUCCUGUGUCACAAUCACCUUCUUCAUCUUUUCUCUUUCUUAACAAAAGCAUAAAAUUGCCUUUUUUACUCUUUGGUUGUUCAUUUGAUUCUUUUACCUUUACCACAUUCACCUUACCCCUGUUGAUAUUUUUACUUUUUAUAUGUAUUAACCUUGUAGUCUGAUUAUUACAUGUUUAUUUUUUCCCUUAUUUUGUAUUUGAGAUUGAGGACAGUACAAAAAGUCUUUUGACGUCAUGCACAUGAUCAUGAGUCCAGAGCUUCCUCCUCAGCGUCGAGAUGAAUCAUUGGCAAAAGACGUUUUUCACUUUGUCAAAAUGCUGUAGAAGCCAGUGGUCAGUCAUCAAAAAGCUACAGGACCACAUAGAUCACGGCUGCACCCUCCGUCCCAUCACUUGGCCCCUAAAUGUGUAUAGGUUACAUAUCUAAUCACAGCUGAACUAACACCCGGGGCCUCAUGUGAAAACUUGGUUGACUCCGUGAUAGAUCCCAGUGGACAGUUGUUUUUACUUGGCCAGUUAAUACUAACAGAUUUUAACAAAUUCGUCGAUUUUACUUUAGAUCAUAUAAUGGUGAAUAUAAGCGUUGAUUUUUGGCACCGAGAUCAUGUUAUGAUUAUUUUGUUCCUUCUUGUUGACGCCUUACAUUUAUAGACCCUAGAUUCUAACAUUUACAGUAAGUGAGAGAUACAAUGUGGGAAUUUCCAGCUCCUCCCUGAGAUGGCGAUGAAUCAUUGCAUCACAUUUACUGUCUCUGUGGGUAAAUGUUACAAUGAGACUGAUGUGUUCGGCGUGUCGGUACUGGGAACGGCUCGUGCACAUUCCAGGGCAAAGUGUAGGGAGGUGGGCAGCAGUACAUGUUUGUUGUCCUAAGCAGUUUGGACUAGGCCCUGUCCAUAAACACACGAGCAGCACAGUCAGACCAGAUCCUGGUGCAGUGUGCGGGUGUUCAUCUUGUGUUAUUUUCAAGGGAGUCUUUGGUAUUUGUUUGGACAGGGUCCGCGCUGGGCAGACCCACUAAGUGCACUUUCCGCUACCUUUUAAGAGGUUGUAUUUCCUGUAUCCAUUUCAAGUUCAAUGGCCGUGUUCAUGGUGAAUUCAUGAAAACAAACUGUACAAAAGAUUUGAUGCUGAAAAAUCAUCUGCUCAGUUUAAAUUACUUGAUUAGAUUACUGAUGAGCACAUUGAGACUGAGCAGAGCUUGUAGUUAUGAAUUUCUACUUGUUAUAUAUAGAGUUGCUCCUUUAAAUGCUCUUCAUGCAUGCAUUUCCUUUAAUUUUCUAGGUAUGUUAUCUGAUAAACAUUACUGUCAUUCUGUAAAAAAAUAAGUUUAUAUACGAAUGUAACCAAGAUAAUAUUGUAAAACAAAUAAAAAAUCUUUCUGUUCACAUUAA